AAUCUAGUGGGAGCCUAUUUUCCAAACACAGCGUACUGUACUAAUGUGUCUUAGACGGCUAAUUAAUGUUUACCCUCUGAAUAUAUUCCAACAUUUCCACAUGACUGACGUAAUGCAAUUUAGAUCCUAACAUUUAUUUGUCAGUUAGCUACAUCAUGCAAUUCAUGAGACACUUAAAGGUGCGGUCUGCAAUUCUAUUCCAGUACACUCUCUGUUAAAUUCAGCUAAUUGCUGUUCAUGGACCUCUAUCUGUUUUGUGUGUGCUCUCAAAACAACUCAGGUGGCUGUACAGUUUUUGCUCUGCAAAUGAAAAAAAGACAUACGAUAAUGGUUUGGAUUUAUAUCCCUGCCAACCAACACACAUGAGGUGGAUGGAGGGUAAGUGUAUUGUUUGCCAAUUGAGCUCAAAUCUUCCACCAGAAUCACAAACCGUGAUAUGAUAUCUGUGAUUCUACGACAUAUCUGUGAUUUCCAUAGCCUGUUAUGGGGCUUUUGGGGGUUGAUCUCUGGUGUGCUCCAUGAGAAGAAGGCUGUCCCUGGGAAUACUUGAUCCAACCCACUCUACCGUCUGGCUGCCAGAUGUACCCAGAGGUUGGACCGUGCUAUAAAUGAGAAGGCAGACAUGCAGCGUGAGACGAAGAUAUAUAGAGAGAGAACAUACGGACAGACUCUGCAUAUUCACAUAGAGUGAUACGGACAUCACUCUGCAUGCAUAUACCUUUUUUAGUUCUUCAGCUGUUUCCAGUUUAUGCUUUAAUCUGUCACAGAAAUAUGGAUUAUAUCAAGACACCUAUCAUCUAACAAUUACUGCAUUUAGAUUUGUUUAAAAGGACACUGUGGAAGAUGGCUGAAAUCAAGAAAAAAACACCAAGACAAAAUGGGAGUACAAAGAACUCGUAAGGCUAUAAAGUUUAAUUAGUAAAAAGGAAAACGUUGGAUGAUGGAUGCUCAUUGACCUUUACUUAUGUAUUGUCAAAGCGGUCCACUCCUUGCAGCUGGGAUUGUUGCUGUUCUUUUUCUUUCACCCUUCACUGCUUUCAAUGUGGCAGCUCGCUCUGCUGGAGAAACCCACUCACACUCCCACGGCCCUGAGUGACUCAUAGCUGAGCACUGCAAAAGGGGCUCUGUCCACAGCAUGAUGUAACGUGGUAAUGGUGUGGAGGAUGGAGGAAGAAGGAGGUUGCACUGAUAUAUGUACCCAUGACAUAUGUCUGACAAAUAAUGUCAAUUAUAUUUGUUGUUGUUCGUUUGACCUUUUUAUUGAAAUGUUGUGAGAGGAGAUUGUGUUGGCUUUUUUCUAAACACUUAGAAGGGCAAAACACAAGCAAUCCAUUUCUCUGUCAUACAAUUUGUUAAAAGUGCUGCAUGACCAGGAUGUCCACAAAUUCAUUAGUCCACCUACCACGUCUGGGACUGUUUUCGUGCUUCUCUUUUCACAACAGGGCAUGCAUUAUGGGAACAAGUGCUAGCACAGCACAGCAGUCUUUCACUUCACCCAAACAAAAAGACAUCCUACGUGCCAAGCGGAUGGCCACAGACAGACUCUCCACUGGCAACAGCUCCCCUCAGAUGGUCAGCUUUCUGAACAACAAGGCCAAGUCCAUCAUCACCAACAAAGUGGCUCCAGUCUUUAUCACGUAUAAUUGUAAAGAAGAGUUCCAGAUUCAUGAUGAUCUUCUCACAGCCAACUACACAGUGGGCAGAAUAUCUGACACCAUGCCUGAGCAUUACCUUAUAUUGGGGGAAUAUUUUAUAGUUCAGGAUGUGUACAGCAGAACAGAUGUCUUAAGUACCACAGGGAACUAUGGGGCCCCAAACUUUCGCAAAGCUCAAGGGAACUACCCUAUCUAUGGCAUGGGCCAGCCCAGUCUGAAUGGCUUCAAACAGGUCCUCCAGAGACUCCAGGCAGCAGGUCAUGAGGAGAUUAUAUUCUUCUGUGUCCGGGAGGAGCCAGUUGUAUUUUUACACUGGGAAAAGGACUUUGUGUCUUACACGCCCAGGAGGAAGGAGAAUCUCCAUGAGAACCUUCAUGACCUAAAGGGAGAACUCACCCCAGAGCAGCUGGAACUAACCAUCAGGAAAGAGCUGUGUGACUUUGCGAAACUGAAUAAGAACAUGUUUUAUGUCUACAAUGACAUUGAGCACUUUAAAGACGAGCCCCAUAUUGUAUCCAUUCGGUCAGAGGAGGAUAUCCACGUCACUGAGGAGAUCUACAAGACAGCCUUGUUUACUCUACCCUCUUACAGGUAUGAUCGCCUACCACUGCCAAUGGAAGGCGCACCCUUAGAAGAGACUUUUGAUGCUUUCAUCAGUGUUAUAAGGGAGACCCCCAGCCUGGCUUCUCACAGGGAUACCUGCAUCCCUCUUCCCAGUCUGCUCUUCAGCUGUCAGAUGGGAGUCGGACGCACCAACCUGGGCAUGAUCCUGGGUGCCCUGGUCAUGUGUCACCUGAAGGGAGCUCCUCAGCAAGCAACGUCAGCGAAGACACAGGAGAGGGCUGAAUUUCAGAUCAUAAAGAUGUUAAUCAGCAGACUUCCAAAAGGGCAGCAGAUCCUGGAGGAGGUGAACGGUGCAAUUGCUUCAUGCUCAGAGAUGCACAAUAUUAAAGAUUCCAUCUAUGAAAACAAGAAAAAGCUGGAGGGAAUUGGAGAGGAUUAUCAGAUUCAGGGAAGCAGCACAAAAAGCUAUUUUCUUCAAAGGACACUUCAGAGCCUUGAGUGUUAUUUUUACCUGAUUGUUUUUAAUGCCUAUCUUCAUGAGGAGUAUCCCUUGGCAUUUGUAAAAAAUUUCAGUCAGUGGAUGUGCUCCAAUGCCUGGCUCUACCGCUUGCUUGCUGCUAUGGAUCUGUCAGAGCUCUCUGCACCAGCAGCCCUCAUUACAAGGGGAACCAGGGUACUGGUAGCGAGUGAAUAUCUAGCCCCAGAUAUCCUGAGUACAGCCAAGGAGAUGAAAGCAUCCAACUUCAGACGGGUCCCCAAAACGCCAGUGUAUGGCAUGACUCAGCCUGGCUCUGAGGCUCUGUCUACAGUUCUGUCCUACCUGACAGAGCAAAGGAAGCAUGUACAUCUGCUGUGGAUCAACUUGCAGGAGGAACUGGUGAUGGAGGGCAAUGGCCAGGUGUUCAUCCCACGAGAGCCCGCCUGUCUGGAGAAGCCUAUCAGAAUCUGCACACAGAGCCCACACCAACUCCAGGAACUGGAGCAGGCUCUGGCAGAGGACGUCCUGCACUGUGGCAAGUGGCUGGAGGUGAUCCUGGAGCAGGAGAGGCAGAUGAGGAUGUUUAAGAGCUGCCACACACUGCAGGAGAUGUUCCGCCAGCACAGCAGCACACACACAGGCCUCCGCUACAGGCGCAUCCCCCUGGCAGACUGCUCUGCACCACACGAGGAGGUCUUUGAUGAGCUUUUGGAAGCCAUAAAGAGCAGCUUAGCUGAGGACCCGACCUCUGCAUUUGUCUUCAGCUGCCACAGCGGCAAAGACAGGACCACAGCUGCCAUGGUCAUUACAACCCUCACACUGUGGCAUUUCAAUGGCUUCCCUGAUGUAGUGGAGGAAGAGAUUGUGAGCAUCCCUGAUGCUAAAUACACAAAAGGAGAGUUUGAGGUAGUGAUGCAGAUAGUGAGGCUACUGCCACAGGGCCAGCAGAUGAAGAGAGAGGUGGACAUGGCACUGGACAUUGUGAGUGAGACCAUGACGCCUAUGCAUUACCACCUGAGAGAGAUGAUCAUCUGUGCUUACAGAAAGACAAAAGCUGCAAAGACAGAGAAAGAGUCUCAGGUUUGGCAGCUGAAAAGUCUUCAGUACCUUGAGCGCUACAUAUACCUCAUACUGUUCAACACAUACCUCCACCUGGAGAAGAAGGACUCCUGGAGACGACCCUUCGCUACAUGGACACACCAGGUUGCAGCAAGAGCUGGAAUCUUUACCAUUCUCAACCAGCUGGGUUUCCCUGAGUUUGACAAGCCCAGGGACAUGUCUCUGAGCAGUCUCCGUUGCCGCUGGCGACAGCCACCUGCUCAUGCACUGCCUAUUCGUGGAGAGUUCAUCUGAAGAGUGUGUCCGCAGUCUUCACACUGACUGGGAUGCAUAAUGAACCUUUUGGGUUUUGUCAUGUCGCUGUAAAUUACAUUUCCAUUUUGACACUAAUUAAAUCACUCUGAAUUUAAUU